AUGCAGGUCGGUUGCGCGAACGAGUUCGAGGCCUUCGCCCACUUCUACAAGGACACCGGCAUGUUCGGAUUCUACAUCGAGUGCGACGAGGUGGCCGUGGAGCAUGCUGUUGGCGAGUUGAUGUUCGGCAUGAACCUGUUGUCAUUUAGCGUCACUGAGGAAGAGGUCGCGCGCGGCCAGCGCGAGCUGAAGAACGCGCUCUGCAGCGCCACGAACUCCACGGAGUCGGCGUGCGCCAACCUGGGCAAGGAGAGAUCCUGGCUUACGGUCGCAGCAUCCCCCUGGCGGAGAUGUUCCUCCGCAUCGAGGCGGUCGACGCCGAGGAUCACGACGUGA